AUUCAAACACAACAGAAACAGAUAAAUUGGAUUUAAAAAGUUCACAAUCGAUAACUUUCAACGAUCAAAAUGUGAAUAUAUCUAUUGGUGUUGGAUCAUAAACCUGUUUCAUAUUGUAUUGAAAAACCACUAUGUCCGGCUUGAUGACCAAUAAACUCGACCAUUUGUUUAAAGCACUGACAGAAAAUGCACCGAUAACAAAGGAUUUAAUUGCAGAGGCCAAACAGGAAUACACAAAAUUAAGGCUUUCAGCACAAAACGGCGAAAAGCUAAAACAUGGUUCGUCGGCAAAAUCUCUGAAAAUAACAGAUGGGCAAAACACGUGUCCCAACUGUCAGGAGCCUAUAACAUCACACAAUGAUCUUUUAUCAGAAAUAAGACAGCUUCAGACAGAACUAAAUCUUAAGUCACAAAUGUGUGUUGAUUUACAAGAGCAAAUUAGACGUCGUCAAAUUGAGCAAAACAUACACAGUGAACAACCUAAAUUUGCCGAUUUGAAUGACCCAAAUCGAGCAUUAAAAGUUGGAGAAAUGUACUCGCAGUUGUACGACAACCAAUGGAUGGAGGCUUAUCAAUACUUAGAUAACAUAAUGAACCUACGAGAAGACAAGAUAUUGGAGAUACUACAGAGAAUAAUCAGGGGAGCAUAUGUGUUUUGUGAAGAUAUAGCCAAAACUCAGUUGAUUAACCUUGGUGGGGAAAUAAGCUGCCCGCUCUCAACGUGGACUGAGAACAAACGGGUUCAAAUGCUUGAAAAUGGAGUCGAUGUUUCCGGUAAAUUGGCAGAACUAACAAAAACGUACAGAAAAACUUCUUCAACAGAAUGUGUUCCUAAUUUGCAGAAGUCUUUUUCAGAUGUCAUUUUACCAACUUUCUUUGAAGGCAAAGAAUAUCGAAACGAACAUGUGGUAAGGUAUGCUGAAAGAUGUAUAGCUGUCACGUGGUAUAUGACGCUGCAAGAUCCUCCUAUGUUCCUAUUGUCAAAAAUUAUCAGAAAGGCGGACUUUGAUUCAGAUUUAUUCCGUCCAUAUACAAAAUCAGGCGACAAAUAUGACUUUUUAGUGUGGCCUUCGUUAGUACUUCACGAGAACGGCCCAGUUGUUGUGAAAGGCGUGGCUCAACCAUUAGAUAGUGCUAUUUCUCCUUUAUCACUCAGAAGUCAGAAAACACCUGUCACGACAACAAGAAAUGUUCCAGUAAAACGGGUUGACAGUAACAACCCAGCUUUGAAAGGAACUCCAUGGGGAUCACAAGAAUUCAACAAUGAUCCAAACGCGCCUUCUCCGUCAAUAGAUCUUCCACAAACUCCUGUGUCGGCUCAUACUCCAAGAGAUGAACAUCAGAAGGAAGCACCUAUAAUCACUUAUCCAUCAACUCCGAGAAAAACAGAUAAAGAAAUCUUAACAGCAACAUGGAAACAAGACACCAAUAAGUCUGGAAAUUAAUCAAACUUCUAGUUAUUUCUUGAUUACAAUAAAGUUCACUUUGAUAUAGGUUUUGCAGUAAAACAUAUCCGGUAUUAAAAUAUUGAUCUCAAUAAAAUAAAAUAUUGAUCGCCUGAAUUAUGUUCAUGGAAGGGCACGGAUUUUCAAUCUUUUCUUCAAUCUACUAAACCCCACCUCUGUGUGUACUUUGGAACGUUAGGUAUGACAAAUUAUGAAAGGAUGAUUUCUAAACAGAUCACCAACUCAUAAAAGCCUGAAGAUGGCCCAAACCCAGAUAGGUAGAAAAAGUACCGGCAAUAUGCUUUUUGUUUAAAACCAAGAACUGAAUUCUAUAAAUGCUCCUUGUUGAUAUCUGGUAAUACUGUUUGAACAAUAUGUUAACCCAAUUGAACAUUUUAAAAUUAUAUACUGAAAAUAAUUUUGUUUAAUUCUUAUAUAAUUGUUUAUUAUUUGUAUUAUUAUUUAUGUUGUCGAUUUAUUUAAUCUAUGUUGUAAUAUCAUACAGGUCUUUAUC